GCAAGCGGACCGGCCACGUGAAAUCGUUCGUUUUGGACUAUUGCAUCAUACACAAGUUGAACUACCUUGACUCUAGCCUAAGGAGGUCCCCGGGACUCACACUUGGAUUAUGGCUGCUGGUGUCUUCAAGAGCUUUAUGCGCGAUUUCUUUGCGGUGAAAUACGAUGACCAGCAGAAUGAUCCCCAAUCAGAGCGACUGGAUGGCAGUGGACGUCAUUAUCCCAAUUGCUCGUCGGAUGUGUGGUUGCGAUCCUGCGAACGUGAGAUAGUAGAUCCUAUCGAAGGUCAUCACACUGGACACAUCCCCCGAUGGAUUAGCGGCAGUUUGCUGCGCAAUGGACCCGGAAGUUGGAAAGUGGGGGAUAUGACUUUUGGCCAUCUAUUCGAUUGCUCCGCACUGCUGCAUCGGUUUGCCAUUAAGAAUGGCCGUGUGACCUACCAAAAUCGUUUUGUAGAUACGGAAACCCUCAGGAAGAAUCGUUCUGCUCAGAGGAUUGUGGUCACGGAGUUUGGAACUGCAGCUGUCCCAGAUCCUUGUCACUCAAUCUUCGACAGGUUUGCAGCCAUUUUUCGACCGGACAGUGGAACUGAUAACUCUAUGAUUUCCAUUUACCCAUUUGGAGACCAGUAUUACACAUUUACUGAGACACCUUUUAUGCAUCGGAUAAAUCCCUGCACAUUGGCUACCGAGGCGCGAAUCUGCACCACCGACUUUGUUGGCGUGGUGAACCACACUUCACACCCCCAUGUCAUGCCCAGUGGCACUGUAUACAAUCUGGGUACCACAAUGACCAGAUCUGGACCAGCUUAUACUAUACUCUGCUUUCCACAUGGUCGUCAGAUGUUUGAGGAUGCUCAUGUGGUGGCCACUUUGCCAUGCCGCUGGAAACUGCAUCCUGGUUACAUGCACACAUUCGGAUUGACGGAUCACUUCUUUGUGAUUGUGGAACAACCGCUGUCCGUUUCCCUAACGGAGUAUAUAAAAGCUCAGUUGAAUAACCAGAAUCUCUCCGCCUGUCUCAAGUGGUUUGAGGAUCGUCCGACGCUCUUUCACCUUAUAGAUAGGGUAUCAGGAAAGUUAGUUCAGACCUACGAAUCGGAAGCCUUCUUCUAUCUUCACAUCAUCAACUGCUUUGAGCAGGAUGGCCACGUCGUGGUGGACAUUUGCAGCUACAGGAAUCCCGAGAUGAUUAACUGCAUGUACCUGGAGGCCAUUGCCAAUAUGCAAACCAAUCCCAAUUAUGCUACACUCUUUCGGGGACGUCCUUUGAGAUUUGUCCUGCCUUUGGGCACAAUACCUCCAUCAAGAUCUGGAAAACGUGGUCUGGUCAAGUCUUUCUCCCUGGCUGGUCUGAGUUCUCCCCAAAUUUCCCGAACAAUGAAGCAUUCGGUUUCUCAGUAUGCUGAUAUUACCUAUAUGCCCACCAAUGGCAAGCAGGAUAGUCCUGGCAAAGAGAGUCCCAAAAGAGAUGCCAAACGGAGUCGCUACGAUGAGGAGAAUUUGAUUAACCUAGUGACCUUAGAAGGUAGUCAAGCUGAGGCAUUCCAGGAAACGAGCGGAAUCUUCCUGCGUCCGGAAAUGCUCUGCGAUUGGGGAUGUGAGACGCCCAGGAUAUUUUACGAAAAGUACAUGGGCAAGAACUAUAGAUACUUCUACGCCAUUAGUUCCGAUGUGGAUGUAGAAAAUCCGGGAACUCUCAUCAAGGUGGAUGUGUGGAAGAAAUCCUGUCUGACCUGGUGUGAGGACAAUGUGUAUCCCAGUGAACCCAUUUUUGUACCAUCACCAGAUCCCCAAUCCGAGGAUGAUGGUGUCAUCCUGGCCUCCAUGGUUGUUGGUGGACUCAAUGAUCGCUAUGUUGGCCUUAUUGUACUCUGUGCCAAAACGAUGACGGAACUGGGUCGUUGUGAUUUCCAUACCAAUGGACCAGUGCCCAAGUGCCUCCAUGGAUGGUUUGCCCCCAAUACGGUUUAGAUUCUUAGUUUACUAUUUAUAUGGGAUGAAUCUUGCCAAAGAGCUUUUAACCAAGAACCCAGUAUUACACCUAGACUUAGACUAGUGACUUUUAUAUUAAUUUAGAACUUUGGAUUCAAGAUAUUUGCAAUAAACUCCUGCCAUUUGCGCUGGAAAACCCGA